AAACAUUAAGAAGACUGGGAAGUCGAGAUGAAGACGACAGUGCUACUAACCUAAAGGAUGUGUUACAUAAUUAGUAGUGGUAACAGCAAUAUAUAUUUCCAUGGAACUAAGGCUGCCUGCCAGUGUGUGUGUGUUUGUGUAUGAGUGGGUGUGUGUGUGUGCGUGUGUGUGUGUGUGGCAAGUUUCUCAAUGUGAGAAGCUGAACUGCAGUACAGAGAAUAUGGCAUCGUAAGAUCUAAAAGAAGUGAACUCUGAAGAAAAAUAGUGGAAAAUCAGUAACUGCUCGGCCAUUCAAAGAAGUAAAACAUCAAUAGGCUAAGUCAUAAGUGCUGCAGAUUUCUUCAAAGAUCCAGUGGUAUAUGAUAAUCUAAUGGUACAUGAAGCUUUUAAAUUGAACUUGACAAGAUUCCUGUAAACAGAAAUCCAAAAACUUGGCAAAUAAACCAGAAUAAAAAAAUAAAGCUUAACAAGGGAACAUUCCAUUUCUAAUAAUCCUUUAAAAUGUGCUAGCAGAAGAAAUGCACAUAGCAGGGCAGGGUAGACAGUCAUCUGAGCACUUUUCAGGAACUCAUCUGAAUUCAGGAGACAGGUGCAGUUCAGAAUCACUCACCAUCAGCAGUCACAGAAAACUCCAAGAGACAAUAAUCGAAGUAGGCCAAGUGCCUGGGAAGAACACCAGAAUCUGACAUUCCUUGGAAUCUAGCAUCAUGAAUGUAUUGUGCAGUUUCUGGAGAGCUCGCAAACUGCUGAUUGUUAUUUCACUUCCUCUCCUUCUUUUACCCCUACCUGUCAUUCAUCCAUCGAGUGAAACCGCGUGUGCCUACGUUUUGAUAGUCACAGCUGUGUACUGGGUUUCUGAAGCAGUACCUCUUGGCGCUGCCGCCCUUGUUCCUGCCUUCCUCUACCCACUCUUUGGGGUUCUGAAGUCAAGUGAGGUGGCAUCAGAAUAUUUUAAGGACACCACAUUGUUGUUUAUCGGGGUGAUCUGUCUUGCAACAUCCAUUGAGAAAUGGAAUCUCCACAAACGGAUUGCUCUUCGUAUGGUUAUGUUGGCAGGUGCUAAACCUGGAAUGCUUGUCCUUGGUUUCAUGUGCUGCACAGCCUUCCUGUCCAUGUGGCUCAGUAAUACAUCCACGACCGCCAUGGUGAUGCCAAUCGCAGAUGCAGUGCUACAACAACUUAUCAACACCAAUGUCGAUGCAGACAAUGAACUAGAGGUCAUCACAGAGGCAGACAGUACCAGCUUCACAGACAUUAAUGAUUCAGUGCAACAGAAAGAAGUAGAUCAGCAAUAUGAAGUUAAAUCUACGGACCUCAUCUUCAUCAGUGAAAACUACAUGAAAGAUGACGUGGACUCCUUGGCAGUUGCAAAGAAUAUGAACCGACUUCACCUGAUAGUGAAUCAUAAUGGAAUAACAAAGAAACCUGGGGGAACAGAACUCCUACCUGAAACUAAAAUAGUACUUCCUCUUUCUCCUCUGGAAUGCAAGAACAAGUACAACAGCAGAUACAAAUCUGAAAGGGAUCACAUGAUCUGCAAGUGUCUGUCACUCAGCAUUACAUACGCUGCUACUAUUGGUGGAAUAACCACCUUCACUGGGACAGCAACUAACCUGAUUUUUGCAGAGCAGUUUAGCAACCGUUAUCCCAGAUCCCAGGAGAUCAAUUUUGGCAGCUGGUUUAUCUUCAGUUUCCCAAUAUCAUUCAUCAUGCUGGUUUCAACCUGGUUCUGGUUACACUGGCUUUUCCUCGGAUGCAAUUUUAGAGAGACAUUCUCUUUGAACAAGAAUCAAAAAAACAAACGAGAGGAGAUUUCUGAGAGAAAAAUCCAGGAGGAGUACAAAAAUUUGGGACCCUUAAGUUAUCCGGAGAUGGUCACUGGAAUUUUCUUUAUACUGAUGACUUUAUUUUGGUUCUCUCGAGAACCAGGAUUUGUGCCUGGAUGGAAUUCUCUCUUUGAGAAGAAGGGGUACAGGACUGAUGCCACAGUUGCUGUCUUCCUUGGGUUUCUCCUUUUUCUCAUUCCUUCGAAGAAACCAUCCUUACUUUGUUUUGAUGGACAUGAAGAAAGGAACCCUGAAAAUAAGGAGUUAGACAGCUUAGCAACUAUGAUAACAUGGAAGGACUUCCAGAAACUAAUGCCUUGGGAAAUCAUCAUUUUGGUUGGAGGAGGAUAUGCUCUUGCAGCUGGAUGCAAGGUUUCAGGACUUUCAGUGUGGAUUGGCCGUCAGUUGGAACCAAUGAGCAGCCUUCCACCUUUGGUUAUAAUCCUAUUUGCCUGCCUAUUAGUUUCAGCUGUGACGGAGUUUGCAAGUAAUCCAGCAACCAUUACUGUAUUCCUACCCAUUCUAUCAACACUGAGUGAAACUUUGCAAAUUAAUCCAUUGUACACACUGAUUCCAGCAACAAUUUGUGUCGCGUUUGGGGUAAUGCUGCCAGUGGGUAACCCACCAAAUGCCAUUGUCUUUAGUUAUGGGCAUAUCCAGAUUAAGGAUAUGGUAAAAGCUGGCUUUGGUGUAAACCUGAUUGGGAUUGCAGCAGUGAUGCUGGCUACUACUACAUGGGGCACCCACCUAUUUCAAUUGAAUACAUUUCCAGAUUGGGCAAUCCCUCAAAAUCUGACACAUACUUUACCAUAAUAUGUGACCAAAGAAGACUACAGGCCAGGAAUGAAAACAGUUAAAGUGACCUUGUGGCAACUGGAACAGAAGAUCGGUCAAGUACAGUGUUACUUGGAACCAUUUGUUGAAACCUUGAGGACCUAUCAAAAUCCUUAAGUGAAGCUUGUGCAUUAUUGCAAAAGGAUCGCUGUCACUUUAGAACAUGUAAGAAAAUGCUAGAGUUGUUUUAAAUCAGUUGUACUAUACCGCACAAAACUGCAAUAAUUACUUUACAGAAUUACCGGACAUUUAUAGCAGCACCUAAAUCUAUAAUAAACUUACCCCUAAAUACAGUCUUUAUUAAAUCCAAAUAACUCAUUUGCAUCUCACAGCUGGGUUGUUGCAUUUACUGUAGAUCAAAUGUAGAACUGCAAGUAACUUAUGAGCGAGUGAUAAGCUGCUGGUAAGAUAAACGUUAUUGUGUUGUACCCAGUAAAACUGGCAAUAAACUUUGUAUCAUGUUAAAUGUGCCUUUUUUGUAUAGUUUCACAUAUUACAUAUGUACAGAGCUGCACAAAUGAAUGCUAUUAUGCAUAACAGUCAACAGUGCAUAUAUCUUUCAGUGAAUUGUUUGCAUUCAUUAGUAAUCAAGAAAAAAUUACAUAACUGUUAUAUAAAUAAUAAUUACCCCUAAAUACAGUCUUUAUUAAAUCCAAAUAACUCAUUUGCAUCUCACAGCUGGGUUGUUGUAUUUACUGUAGAUCAAAUGUAGAACUGCAAGUAACUUAUGAGCGAGUGACAAGCUGCUGGUAAGAUAAACGUUAUUGUGUUGUACCCAGUAAAACUGGCAAUAAACUUUGUAUCAUGUUAAA